AUGUCAGACUCAACCGAAAUAUAUGAAAGUUCCACUGUUGACAAUAGUUUGUCACGAAAGGCUAAAGACAUUGCCGCUGGAUUUGUGGGUGGUGCAACCCAGGUCUUGAUCGGCCAGCCGGCUGACUUGGUCAAAAUUCGACUUCAAACAACUUCAGCUACAUCUUCAUCACAAGUUAUCAAGGAUGUUAUAAAAAAUGAGGGCCUUCUAGCUUUCUACAAGGGAACUUUGCCACCGCUUUUUGGAGUUGGGGUAUGUGUUUCCCUUCAAUUUUAUGGUUUCCAUGAAGCAAAAAGACAAAUUUUGCAAUACACCGGUCAGUCACAAUUGAAUCUUUGGCCUCAGACUUAUAUUGCUGGUGCUGUGGCUGGUGUAGUAAACUCGCCUGUGACUUCCCCUGUGGAACAAUUGAGGAUCCUCAGUCAAUCAUCAUCAGGAGAACUGAUCUCGCUCACAUCAACAGUGAAGAAAAUAUUUGCUGAACAUGGUAUACGAGGCAUAUAUCGUGGGUUUGACAUCACUUUGAUUAGAGAAUUUCAAGCCUAUGGUGUUUGGUUUUUAACAUACGAAGCCCUUAUAAAGAAAAUUGUUGAGUUGCACCAUUACAAAAGCAGAGAUCAAAUAGGUACACCAGAAUUACUUGCAUGUGGUGCCCUAGCUGGUAAUGCGUUGUGGCUUAGUUCUUACCCAUUGGAUGUCAUAAAGUCCAAUAUCCAAAGCGACGGAUGGGGAGCUAAAAGUAAAUUCGAUGGAAGCGCCAUCAAGGCAGUAAGAUACAUUUACGCUCACCAUGGUUUUACUGGGUUUUGGAGAGGAAUAGUUCCUUGCUUGCUAAGAGCUGUUCCAUGUAGUGCCGGUACUUUUGCAAGUGUCGAGUUAGCACUUAGACUAAUGGGGUAA